GUUGGAUUCCAGCACGCUCCCAGGCAGCUGCAGCCAUUUCCACUCUGUAGAUGAAUGUCUGCAAACACAUGGGUGGAUUUGCAGGUUAUUAAAGAACGGGCAAAAAAUUGAGAGCUCGGAGAAUGCAGGCAAAGCUCUCUUAGAUAAUGAAGUGAGCAUUCAUCCAGGCACAUGUUUGUACAGAUGAGUAAAAUUCACUCAUUAAACUCACUGUAUCAUUCUAGAGUUACUUUUGUAAUAUUACUGUAAGAGCUUCUGCUUAUUUGUAAGAGGACUUUUUUUUUAGCAGCUAGUAAGAUGGAAAUGUUGGCAGAUGAUAAUGCAAGUGAAACCUUGAAGCCUUUGGUGUUCCGUCUCCAUGAAAAUGCCCCUGCAAUAAUCCGUGAGGUUUUAUUGGAACGUGGUUGGACUGAAUUUGACCAAAAGGAGCAAGAUGACACAGACUGGAACUUGUACUGGAGGAACUCACCUUUUCCUAUGACAGACCACCACAGUAUUAAACCAUGGCAGAGACUCAACCACUACCCAGAAGCUGUCAGGAUCACCAGAAAAGACUAUUUGGCAAGGCACCUGAAACGUAUGAAAGGAGCAUAUGGAUCAACACUGUAUGAAUUUAGUCCAGUAGCAUUCAUCAUGCCCAAUGACUAUGUCAAAUUCAUAGCAGAAUACAGCAAAGAGAUACAGUCAGUAGGCAGACCUAGUUACUGGAUUUGCAAACCUGUGCAUCUCUCCCGUGGAAGGGGCAUACUCAUUUUCCAAGACAUUAAAGACUUAGUAUAUCACUGUACAGUCAUUGUGCAGAAGUACAUUAGCAACCCCUUGCUCAUUUCAGGAUAUAAAUUGGAUCUUCGCCUUUAUGUGUGUGUCACCAGUUUUUGCCCACUCACCAUUUACACUUACGAAGAGGGAUUGGUGAGAUUUGCCACUGAAAAGUUUGAUCUCAGUUCUCUAGACAACGUCUACGCCCACCUAACAAACACCAGCAUAAACAAAUAUGGAGCUUCAUACAAAACAUUUAAAGAAGGGAUUGGCUGUGGUUGCAAGUGGACAUUCAGCAAAUUCCGUUCUUACCUUCGAAUUUUUGGGGUCGAUGAUAUGCUACUGUGGCAAAAGAUGAAUAACAUCGUGAUCCUCACCCUGCUUGCUGUCACUCCCUUACCAGAGGCUUCCAAUUGCUUUGAGCUCUUUGGCUUUGACAUCCUGAUUGAUGACAAGUUCAAGCCAUGGCUUUUAGAAGUGAACUACAACCCAGCUUUGUGUUUAGACUGCUCCAUUGAUGACACUGUGAAAAGAAAGCUUCUUCAUGAUAUUGUUGAACUGCUUAACUACAAACAGGUUGACGCUCACAGGCAGAAUGAAAUGCCUGGAUCAAAAGCUGUUAGAAGGCAGGUACCCUGGAGAAGAACAGGUCAAAGCACCCCAGAACAGGCUCCUGGCUUACUUUCUGGUCGAAAAGUAUCUACUUGUAUUUCUGCUCCUCAAACACAACCUGCCCUGCAGUUUGCAAGAGGAUCAAUUCAUAAGGUGUCUUCCCCAACCAGGAAAACUGCCAGAGCACAUCCAAGGGAAACACUGACUUCCCAGCUGCGGGAAAAGAUGAAUAAGCCAAAAACAUCCUCCCAAGUAAAGACUGAAGCUAAAAACAAACAACUCCCAGCUGCACAUUCUCCAUUCAUUUCUGCCCAACUCAGCCGGUGGUCACCUUCACCUGAAAUCUGCAACUACAAGUUAAGCACACGCCCCUAUUUCCUCUCUGAUAAAGACCAGAUGCCUACCCGCCAGGUAGGAGGUUUUGUGCUUAUUUUUCCUUUCAAUGAAGCUGCACUUCAAGCUUCCAAGGACGGCACAGAUGUAAAGAGCAUCAUAAAGGAAAUAAAUAAAUUAGUGAGUAAACAAAAUAGCACAGGACAAAAAAAGACAAAGAGUGUUUAACUUCACAAUAUGUAUAACUUCAUGAUGUUAAGUCAUGCAGACAUCAUGAAUGACACCGUUAGCUUGAAGGUACGUGGGCAUGUACUGAAAUUGUAUUAGAAGGAAAUAUUUCAAAGCAUACACAGUGUAAAAAUUGUGAUAUAGCAAUUACCACGAGAGAUUAUUUUUGAAAAUGAAAGUGCUGAAUAACUCUUAGAACUAAUAUCUCAAAAUAAAAAUGGAGAAUUGCAUUUCUCAAAACA